UUACAACUUUAUAUUCUAAAAUGAAGCCUUUUGGACUACAACAGUUUGUCACUUCAUUAAAAUCAAAGUAGUGACCUGCCCAUAGCAACCGUACGAUUCCAUUUCGAAACGUCAGUUUCGUUUCAUAUGAAACAUAUGAAACCUAUGAAACCGAAUUCAGACAUCGGAAGUCAUAAAGUGACCACGCUUCGCUAACUUCAGUCGCAGAAAAAACGUUUUUUUUUGUAAACAUCUAAACCAACGCAGUGCGUUGUCUAAACCCUUGCCUCAAUAGAAAAUAAAGGAAGAUAAUUGUGAAACAAAUUCUGGAAGAAUAAAUUCACUUAAGAUUCGUAUUUGAAUCGAUGGACGACUCUUUCGAAUCAGAAAUGAUGUCAAUACUUCCACUAAUAUUGUAUGAAGAUGAAGAACAGCGACGACGAGAGGAAUGUUUCCGAAACUUUGUUCCCACAACUUUGCCGGUAUUAACAGGAGCAUCAGUGGAACCGACAAACGGUUCCUUAUCGAAUAUCUUAUUGCGCCUAUUGGAGACAGGUCGAUUUUCGGAUGUACAAUUCAAGGUGGGACUGGAAGAAUUUUGUUUCAAUUGUCAUAAAGCCAUCGUUGGCGCACGUUCUGAAGUACUUGCUACUGCUAUGGAAAAACGAUGGACGGAGAAUUGUUCCGAGAAUAAUUCUGUGUUGGACAAGACUGUGAUUCGAUUACCUGGAACCGACGUGGAGACAUUCAAAGUGUUUCUCAAAUACCUGUAUACGGAUAAGCUUGAUCUGAGCCUGAUUGAUGGAGAUUGCACGGAUCUACUGUUGAAGCUAAUGUCCCUUUCUCACAUGUAUCAAGUAGACGCUCUUAUACAGGAAUGUGUUUCCCAAGUGCCUACCAAAAUAAAUGCCCGAACGUGUUGGAAGAUUUAUCAAAAAACGAGACAGAUUGCAAAGAGUCUGUCCGAAAAGAGUUUCAAGUUUCUCUGCGAUAACAUUCACGAAGCAGGAGCCAGAAACGAAUAUAAGAAAUGGGAUGGAGAAACUGUUCGCAGAAUCUUAUCACUUGAACGUUCGUACAUCUCUGAAUUGAAUUUGUUUGCUGCUCUCGUCAACUGGCAGCAAUUUGCUGCUGAUCCAUUGGAACCUCCCAGAAAAGAAACAUUCAAGCAAGUGUUAUUGCCGUUGAUACGGUUCCCUGCGAUGAAUUUGAUUACAUUUUCGAAAGUGAUCGGUUUCAAUGUGCUUCCGCAAGCUGAAGUCAAGCGCUUGCGUCGAUAUAUCGUGAAUCCGAAUCCUAACAGAAGGAACACGAGCAUCUACAGUCACAUUCCGCGAUUUGUGGACAGCUUUCAAUUUAUCCUCAACAUGUACCAGAAGUACAAAUCGACUACGUGCAAGGAUAACGACUGGGACAGUUCUGAUGACGAAUUCAUGCGCUUAAUCGAUUCUCGAAGAGCAGAGUUCAGUAUUGCAAUGAGUUCUCCUACGACAGUAAUUGCAUUGACGUUGCACAAUGCCAGAAAAUGGGGUCGUUUCAGCGUCCAAUGCAGAUACAACUUGAAAAUUACAUUUCAUGUAUAUAUUGGACAGUCGGUUAUGUUCACGGAAGAACACUUGUUGGUCGUUGGUGGACCAGGUGCCAGGGGAUCUUUGAUUCGAUUUGUUCUGGAAAAACCAUUUCAAAUGAAUCCGGGACGCAUCUACGAAUUUCACAUUUUGUAUGAAUUGUUGGAGGAUGAUCCAGACAUGGUGAACCAGAAUGAAUCGUACCAGUACGAUGUCACGUGGAGUACGAUGCCAUGUACUAAAGUGAUCCAUCGGAAAGUCGGUCACGGAAUCGUACUGAGGACCAAUUACCAAGUUGAAGAGGAAGAGGAAGGCGAUAAUGUUGAUCAUGAGCAAACACCUCGAUGGAUUCAAUCGGUUGAACUAAAAAGUAAAGUCUCACAAAAUUGUCAACAAUUGUGUGCUGUGUCGUAAAACCGUAUUCGAAUUGAUCUUGUUGAAGUAAAAAAAAUAUGUUUUUUGAGCAAAAAAAGUGUUCAAAUGUUCAUGUCAAUUUUAAACUUACACUUGAGCCUAUGUGUAUUGUUAAAGAAACCAUUUUAUAAAUUUGUUGGGUAUUCAACACCCACUUUAUUUCGAUUAAGAAUGUUGUUCAGAGUAAAAAUUUGUCCA